CUGGGAGACCGAAUGUCAUCUGUAUUCCAACCGAUGGCUAUCCUAUUGGAUGAUGUUUUGAACCCUAUAGUGACACGUACCAAAUCCUAUGUAAGGGAUACCACGGACUUCAUCAAUAAGAUUAAUACGAUACAUUGUACUAAUGACAAUAUACUAUUAUGUACGAUGGACGUGGCAUCCCUUUACACAUCAAUUCCACAUGAUUUGGGUAUUGACACAGUGAAACGCAAUAUACAAGAGUUACAGCUUCCAACAGGUGUUGACAGCAUGUUGUUACAAUUUCUCGAAUGGGUCUUGAAGAAAAACUACUUUGUCUUUGAGAAUAAAUAUUAUGAACAAAGCCAAGGCACAUCGAUGGGAUCAAAUGUGGCUCCUGCUUAUGCCAAUUUAUUUAUGGCAAGAUUCGAAGAUGAAUUUGUAUAUACGAGCACAUUUUGGCCCUCGAUCUGUACUUGGCUACGCUAUAUAGAUGACCUAUUCUUUAUAUGGCAGGAUACUGAAGAAAAACUACAGUCUUUCUGUGAAUAUUUGAAUACCAGGCUCCCUACUAUCAAGUUCACCCUUGAAUUUGAUAAGACUGAGAUACACUUCCUUGAUGUGAAAGUUGAGAUGGAUCAAAAAUUGAAACCUUGGACAACGAACCCACCUAUAAUGGCGUAUAAACGACCACCCAAUUUAAGAGAUCGUCUAGUGCAUGCUGUACAGGAACCAAUGAAGAAACAAGGUACAUGGUUAAGUGACACAAAGGGCAUGUAUAGAUGCGGUAGAUGUGUGAACUGCAACUUCAGUAUAAGAUCUGAUAAGUUCUACCAUCCAAAGACAGGGAAGGAAUACGCAAUAGGUGAUUAUAUUAACUGCCAGACUGACUUUGUGAUAUACCUUUUAAAAUGCCCGUGUGGCAAAAUAUAUGUUGGUGAGACGACCAGGACUUUGACAACAAGAAUAGGAGAACAUAGGAGUGACAUUAGGUUGAAUAAAAUCACAUCACCAGUAGCAAGACAUUUUAUGGCAGAAAGACAUCAAGUCAGCCAGUUAAGAUUUAUGGGCAUUGAGAGAGUUAUGACACCGAAACGAGGAGGGGAUAGAGAGAUACUCCUUAAACAAAGAGAACUUAAAUGGAUAUACAAACUGAAUGCACUGUCACCAGAUGGGCUAAAUGAGGAUAGGGAAUUUUCUGUUUUUCUAUGAUUAUUAUUUUUUGGCAUAGUGAUGUUAUUGCCUCAGCCUGGGUAUGACAAAGGGGAGUAACACACUAAUUGUUAUUCUGGUUUUUAAGAAAGCAUUUUAUAUAUUUGUGUUAAUUUUGCAGAAAACAGACAUGUGGGAUAAGAUGACCAUGAAAGAAAAUGUAAAGCCCUGCAUCUGAAAUAUAAACAUAUUUGGACUAAGGGAAAAUUUGGAGGAUAUAUGCUCCGUGAUAUGGACAAAUCUGAGAUACGGAUCACCUGAUUAUGUCUGAAUAUUAAAGAUGGUUAAGAGGAGAAGCUUUAUGUUUAUAUAUGUGUAGGACAAUAUUGAUAUCGAAUGGGCACUUGUGAACGAGAUGGUCUAGGAUAAUAUUAUUAUGAUAAUGAGUAAAAAGUAAUCACUGAUAUGAAAGAAUGAGAUUGGUCUUUCAUAAUUUUUUUUAAAAAAAAUUUUUUUGUAUAUUUAUUAGCACUCAACACUAUAUGAAUAUAAUUAAUUUAUUGUAGAAUAGGUUUAUUAAUUUAUAUAUUUACAUUUAUUGAUUAAUUGAUUUAAUACUAGUCCUUAGUUGACUGUAUUGAUUAUAAAAAAAUUUUUUUGCACAGUAAUAUUGACAAGCUAAAUAUAAAUUUUAUUAUGGACACUUGUCGCUAUAUAGCACUAUAUGCUAGAUAUAUGAGAUACACUGGGAGUUUUUUUUAUGGCAAUCAAUAUUUAAUGCGCUAGCACUUUUUCAUGGAUUAAUGUUUUAUAAUGUAUGAAUUUUUUAUUCACUUAGACUAUUCACUUUUUUUAUGAUGAAUUAACCCAUUAAGAUUGAUAAAUUGUCCUUAUAUAUUUACAUUGGUAUGUCUGAUGAAUUCUAUUAUUAGAUCUAUAUGUGAUUUGAAAUGUUGGAUGAAUAAUGAAUUUAAUCACCACUGUCUUUUUUUCUGCAUAUAGGAAUUCAAUGGUUUUAUAUCCAGUAGAAAUAUGGUAGUGUUCCGCAAUAAAUGUGAGAUCGUAUAGGAAUGCAUAGUUCUGUAUUGGACGUUGAGAAGAUGAGUUGCUAGGGAAGCCGAUCACUUAUCACAUGCGCUUGCGCUCCAAGAUGCGGUUCAGCAUCUAUAUCCGCUUCCUGUGUGUGGACGCAUUGUCCAGUAACACGAGGGAUGCGGAAGUGACGUCACUAAGGGGCGACAUUAGAGCGCGCGUGCGAUCGAACGCUAAGAAUAGGAAACGCUAAGGUAUUUAAAGCCAUUUGAAACAUGAAGGUCAGAAUACCCCUUGAUAAAGGCGAAAGCCGAAACGUCGGGGUGUUCUCUUUUUUGGGGGUCUGUGUAUCUGCUUUUCUAUAUCUAACCAAAACUACCAGUGGUGUGGUAUGUAUGUAUGCUGAUUUACUGAAUAUUUACCCUCAUUAAUUGAUGUUGUUUAUUACCGUUAUGUUUUAAACAUUAAAAAAUUUUUUUACUGCACAAUUAUCUGGUUUAUAUGAUCAAUCAUUUGGUGUGCAUGCCCAUAUCUUUAUAUUAUAUAUGCUAUAAAAACUAAUGGAGUUUUUAGGGCUUUUGCACCCGCAAUCAUUAUUUUUGAUUUAUUGUUAGAGUGCCCUCCUCAUCCCUAUAU